CGAAAAGAAAGAAUCGGGGAAUAAAAGAAACUUAGUAUCACGAAUACAGCUUAUCCGGUAAUUCAAGUUGAUAUAAAGGAAAGAUAUAUCGUCAGAUUCCUGCAAACUGAACGAAAACGAAGGAAGUAUCUUCCUCGGUCGAUCGAGCGGUGUAGCAAGAAAAACCGAGACAGAAAGAAUGUCGAAACGAACUGGCAGUGGCAGCAAUGGUGCUGCAUCCAAGAUCAGUGCUGCGGAAGAGCCUUCAUAUAAUAAGCAGAAGGAUCUCCUAUCCUCCAAUACGGGCGGCCAUUUUUCCCUGUUGAAGGCUCUACAUAUGGCAGACUACAUUACCGAACUGAAUGGAUUCUGCGGUAUAUCGUCCGUCUUCUCCUCCCUGCGCUACUGCCUUGGCGACCCCGCCGACAAGACGAAUCUGUACCUCGCGCUCAUCUUCCUACCCUUCGGACUGUUCUUCGACUUCAUGGACGGCCGAGUCGCGCGGUGGCGGAAGAAGAGCAGUAUGAUGGGCCAAGAGCUGGAUUCGCUGGCUGAUCUGAUAUCCUUCGGUCUAGCUCCCGCCUGCGUCGCGUUCAGCAUCGGAAUGCGCACGCCCCUCGACCACAUCCUGCUCACUAUCUUCGUGCUCUGCGGGCUGACGCGGCUCGCGCGCUUCAACGUGACCGCGAACAGCGGCAACAUCCCCAAGGACGCCUCGGGCAAGGCGAGCUAUUUCGAGGGCACGCCCAUCCCGACGACACUCGGCCUUGACGCAAUGAUGGCGUGGUGGGUUAGCAAGGGAUGGGUCUUGGACCAGGUACCCGGCGGUGUCUGGUUCGAGGGAUCCAUACUGGAGGUCCAUCCUGUCGUAGCGCUUUUCCUUGUCCACGGCUGCUUGAUGUGUAGUAAGACGCUGCAUGUGCCGAAGCCUUAGGACUGCCCUGCCUACAUACAUACCUGGGUAUAGACAAGGGUUUAGGCCAGAGGUUUAGGGAACGAGACAUCCAUAUGUAUUUGUACCGCCACCUAGGUCUUUUUUUUUCUUUUCCGUCUUUGUUGAUAAGGCUGCUCCGUUUAUUUAUUCGUGGUUUCUUUUCGGGUCGGGUGUGGGAGCAGGGGAUGGGGAUGGGGGGUUUUGCAGGGUCGGCGGUUUGAUACCUACUACUUCUACCUAAAGUAAUGAUUAAGGGAUACGUACGUACGGGAGAGGGGAAUUUGCAUGCAUGCGUAGCGCCUGAUUCCUUAAUUUUCGGCGCUUUUUUUUAACGUUUGGCUGGGUGGGUUGAUCGGGUGGUAAAAAGAAAAAAGAAAAGAGGGUACCUACAGAAAAGUAAAGAGAAAGGAAGAGGAGGAAAGAAAGGAGGGGGGGGAAGGGGAGGUGA